AUGACAGAAGCUGAUUCAACCACCUUAGGAACACUAGAUGCAAGUACAGAGACUGUAAGAGAAGAGGAGGAAGAACUCCCGGUGAGCACUGUGGAUGAAGAUUAUGAUGAGGAGCCACUUCCCAUGUUGGCCCCUGCUCCUGACAAACUCGCGCUGAUGAAGCUGACCACCUCCGCGCUGCUCUGCCUGCUGGCGGUUUGGACUGCAGGUUCAGUAUGUGGAUUGGAGAUCAACUCCACUGGACCAACCUUCAUAGAGAAGGCCAAUGGUGAAAGUGUGAAGCUGGACUGUCACUUCACUCUGGCUGCAGAGGACUCUGGACCGCUGUGGAUUGAGUGGACAAUCAAACCUUCGGACAACUGGGAAGAGGACAUGGUGGUGAUCGUGUAUUCGGGUUAUCGGCUCUAUGAGAAUUACUAUCCUCCUCUGAAGGGCCGAGUUCACUUUGACUCUCUCAACCCGAAGAACGGCGAUGCCUCCAUAAACCUCCUGAGACUGGAAGCGUCUGACACCGGAUCCUACUGGUGCAAAGUGAAGAAGCUUCCUGGCAUCCGCAGCAGGAAAGUCCUGCUCACCGUUUUGGUUCGUCCCUCUAAGCCCAGGUGUUCUAUUGAGGGUUCUGCUCAGGUGGGCAAAGAUGUGGUUCUGAGUUGUAAGUCCUCUGAUGGAUCACGUCCUCUGCAGUACAUCUGGGAAAAAACUAGCGGCAGCAAAGUGUUACCUGCUGAUGCAGUACUGGAUGUUGACAGGGGAAUCGUCAGAAUCCGCAGCGCCACUGAGGCUGCUUCAGGAACGUACCGCUGCACCGCCAAGAACCGCGUAGGGGCCGACGAGUGUGUUCUAGAGCUCAGCAUUACACAGCCUCUUGACACUGUUGGUGUGAUCGCUGGCUCGGUGACCUGUGUGCUGCUGAUUCUUCCCCUCAUUGCGCUGAUUUCUUUCUGCUGCUGCCGCACUUGCCGCAAGAAAAACUACAACACAAAGGUUUCCAACGAGAUCAGGUACUGA